AUGGCGGACACACAAGUUGCAAAUAUCGUGAAUGAAAUAUUGCGGGUGGAAGCAGUAGAAGAAGCAUUCAGUUGCUUUUUAGUCCAUCAACCCGAGCAAGAGAAUGAAGUAUUGAAUAUGUACCAGAAAAAGCUUUCUAACAUUAUGACAAGUGCAAGUGCUGAAGUGCAAGAGUCCGCUCUCCGCCAAUACCUCACUCUAACUGCUGUUUUAACUAAUAGAUAUAAAAUGAAGCAGUUACUUACACUCUUGGAAAAUUUGGUGAAUACUAAUGUUUUUCAAGCUCGAAUGCUGUGCGAUUGUAUACUUACUAGCGAAAGACUGACAUAUCAAAAUGCAGAUUUUUGGAUACAAUGCUUUAGCUUAAUUCGUCGUGUAAUUGGUGGCGUUGACUACAAAGGCGUUAGAGAAAUUAUGAAGGGCUGCAGAGAUAAAGCACUAACACUGCCAAUUAAGUUAGAUUCCAGCACUAUGCCUCAGAUGAAAGCAGUGUAUAAUGUAUUAGAAUAUAUUUUUGAUCGUAACGCAUCACUCUUACCUGCAUACUUCAUUGUGACUGAAAUCCAAAAAGACUUUCCAGAUAAAUAUCACUGGCCACAUUGGCAAUUAGCUAACUUACUGUCAACAUUUGUAGAGAGUUUUAAGCCGUGUGCCCAAAUGGUUUCAAUAGUAGGCCACUCAAAAAUGUUACCGAUAGUUGAGUUCUCUGGAUAUGCUGAUCACCUAGUUAAUCCGUGGCGUUUAGACCCAACGACAUUGAAGUUUUGUUUGAAAGGAAACUUGCCUUAUGCUGACCAACUAUUUAAGCCUCAGAUUGACUUAUUGAAACAUGUACUGCAGCAGCCAUAUUCACGAGAUAUGAUGUGCUCAAUGCUAGGCUUACAGAAGCAACACAAACAGAGAUGUAUAGCAUUAGAAGAUCAGUUGGUAGAGCUUAUGAUUAUUCCCAUGGAGAGAAGUGACCAAGAAAGUGAAGAGGAUGAAAUGUCUUCAACACAUUGGUGUUGGUUACAUCUUUCAUCACAAGUAAUAUACCUCAUUUUAAUCGGUUUUGCCUCGUUCCCAAAUAUAGUAAUGGGGCUUCAUAACAAGUUGAUUGGGCAGGAUAUGAAGAAGGGCCGCGAUCAUCUCAUGUGGGUCCUGUUGCAGUAUAUAUCUGGUAGCAUACAAAGGAAUUCUCUUUCAAUGUUUUUGCCCAUCAUCAAAUUGCAUGAAUUGUUGUACCCUGAGAAGGAACCAAUCCCCGUACCAGAUUGUACAAAGGCUUAUUGCACACACCAAUUAGCUGUGCUUUGUAUUUGGAUGCAUUUAUUAAAGAAAGCAGAGUCAGAGCACAAGACUAUGGUAAUGCCUCAGAAUUUGAAACUUCAAUAUGAAUUCCUUCAACAUUUAAUGUCAUCAAAUAAUGUCCCGACACUCAUUGGAUCGGACUAUCGAAUCGCUCUCCUAUGUAAUGCAUACUCAACUAACCAGGAAUUCUUUGCUCGCCCCAUGGGUAUAAUGAUUGAAACUUUACUGGGGAAUCAAAAAGCAUUACCGAAUGGCAAUCCUACUGCACCACUACCAACAGUGCCUUUAUCAAUGUGCAUAUUAGAUAGUUUGACGUUGCAUUGUAAGAUGUCGUUGAUACAUUCUAUAGUCACUCAUAUAGCCAAACUAGCUCAGAACAAGACGAAUAUUCCCAAUAUGAUGGCACCAGCGUUGGUUGAAACAUACAGUCGACUGCUUGUGUACACUGAAAUUGAGUCGUUGGGUAUCAAAGGAUUUAUAAAUCAACUUCUCCCGAACGUAUUCAAGUCCCACGCGUGGGGUAUACUUCAUAACUUGUUGGAUAUGUUCUCCUACCGCAUACACCACAUUCAGCCCCACUACAGAGUGACGCUGCUCUCCAACAUACAUUCAUUGGCGGCCUAUCCACAAGCCAAUCAGACACAAUUACAACUGUGUUUUGAAAGUACCGCUCUUCGUUUAAUAACGAGCCUCAGCAGUUCUGGCGUCCAGAUGCAAAUGUCAAGAGUCGUCACAGAACCAAAAUCGCUUGUUUCGAGCGAGAGUGAGGAACUCAACCGUGUUCUCGUUCUGACACUAGCGCGUGGUAUCUACAUGACUGGUGCGGGUAGCGAUGGUGCUGCUGUCAAAGAACUACUCACGACUAUAAUGACAAACACACCCCACAUGUGGUCUCAGGCUACACUGCAAUGUUUUCCGCCAGUGCUAGUGGAGUUUUUCACUCAGAAUCCGGCAACAAAAGAGAACAAGCAGAUACUAAAGAAGUCAGUGGAAGAGGAGUACCGCAAAUGGACGUCGAUGGCUAACGACAACGACAUAAUAUCUCACUUCUCUGUUCCUGGUACUCCGCUCUUUUUGUGCCUUUUGUGGAAGAUGAUCUUCGAGACGAAUCGGAUUAAUCCAAUAGCUUUCAAGAUUUUAGAGCGCAUUGGCGCACGAGCUUUAUCGGCGCACCUUCGCAAGUUCUGCGACUAUCUCAUGUUCGAAGUGACGAACCCGGCGGGUGGGCCCCACAUCAAUAAGUGCGUGGACGCGAUCAAUGACAUUAUAUGGAAAUACAACAUCGUGACGAUAGACCGACUCGUAUUGUGCCUGGUAUUACGACCGAACCCAGACGGUAACGAGAGCCAAGUAUGUCUGUAUAUUAUCCAGCUGCUAUUACUUAAGGGGUCAGAACUUAGGAACAGGGCCCAGGACUUCGUAAAGGAAAACUCACCGGAGCACUGGAAACAGAACAAUUGGUAUGAGAAACACUUGGCAUUCCAUCGUAAGUACCCUGAAAAGUUUGCACCAGAAGAAGCGAGUAGCACGUACGGAGCGCCUAUUCCCGUUUACCUGAGUAAUGUGUGCUUACGUUUUAUCCCUGUCCUGGACAUAGUCGUGCAUCGACAUUUAGAGAUCCCCCAGGUCUGCAAAAACCUGGAACAGCUGCUGGAGCACUUGGGAUACUUGUAUAAGUUCCAUGAAAGACCCGUUUCAUUUCUCUACAACACGCUGCACUAUUAUGAAACGAAACUCCGAGAUAAGCCACUAUUGAAACGGAAAUUGGUGUCAGCUGUGUAUGGAGCACUGAAGGAGGUGCGCCCAGCUGGUUGGGCUACUACGGAAUCCUUCCAGAACUUUCUACCAGACGCAAGCAAAGAUAGACCAGUUCAUACCCUGGAGUCUGACUUUUUAGCGUGGGCGCCGGAUCUCAAUUACUAUUUGAAUUUGGUUAACAGAAUGGUCGAUACCAUGACUGGCCAUUCACACUUUCCCAACACGGAUUGGCGAUUCAACGAGUACCCCAACCCUUCGGCGCAUUGUCUUUAUGUGACGAGCGUCGAACUUAUGUCCCUGCCAGUACCGCCCACGAUUGUGAGCAAUAAUCUUUUAGACGUCGUCACUAAAGGUUUCGUCGUGAUACCAGCGACGAAGAUAGAGUUAUGGAUUAACGCUAUCGGUAUAAUACUUGCGGCGCUACCUGAAGCCUACUGGGUCGUGCUGUAUGACCGUGUCGUGGAAUUAACGACCAGCAAAGAUAUGAUUGAAUGGUCGUACGAGUACACGCCCUUCCAGCUCUUCAAUUUGAAGACUACGAGUGACGCCAUGUUGGAAAAUAAAUACAGUUUGACAUUGGCGCUGGCGCAUGCCUUCUGGUAUCAUGCUGGUGCGGGGCUAAUUACGUUGAUGCCUACGUUCGUCAAAGAGAGACUAUCGCCAGAAAUUCGAACAGAGACGCAACUGAUUUACUUGUGCCACUUAGUAGGUCCAUAUCUCCAACGCUUCAAUACUGACCUAUCGCGCGCAGUCAUGGACAUCACUAUUCACUUAUACGAACUACUGGCACAUGUGGACAAAACUCAACCGCAUUUGGAGUAUAUCGAUCCAAUUUGUGAUCUACUAUAUCACAUCAAAUAUAUGUUCGUCGGGGACAUGUUGAAAAACGAAUUGGAGACAGUGAUUCGAAAGCUUCGUCCAGCUUUGCAAAUGAGGCUGCGUUUUAUCACCCACCUCAACGUCGAACAAAUAAACACCGCCUAG